AUCACCAUCACCAUCACCAUCAACACACAAACAACAUCCUCAAGAUGCUACGAAAAUAUCAAACCAAGGAAAUGUUCAGCGAUCCAACAGCAGACUCCAUCUUCUGUAACGCAUUCGGUUUACCACACGAUCAACACCCCCUCACCGAAAUCAAUGCCAGCUUCAGCUUACACUCCAAACCGGACGUCUACUCUGGCAAGUUGUCAUUAACCGAAAGAUUCUUGACCUUCGUCUCUGUCGAUCGGAGGUCGUGUCGAUUCUCUCUCCCAUUGGCUACCAUUAGGAAGGUCGAAAAAGUCGCCCCAGUCCACUCCUCCGACUUGGGCCCUCCCCCAUUUGCGAUCUGUUUGAUAGUCUGGCACGAGGACUUGAAAUAUGUACUACAACUAAAUGGUCUCAAACCAAGCUGCGAGACAUUCUGUGUAAAUUUGAGGAGCCAGCUCAAAGCAACGGUUCCAGAGAUGAAAAUUCUCAAACCGUUUGUAUCUACCUUUUACUCCGAACAUCUGCUUUCUUCGUCCGGUGAAGAGGAUGGUACACACACCACUGGUCAAGGAAUCGGGAGCGGUCAUCACGCUGGUUUGGGAGCCCAGUUUCGAUAUCCAGGCGAUCCACGAAAACUGAGAGAGAAGAGCAAAGUUAAACUAUGGAAAGAUUAUUUCAAACAAAACGGCCGAAAUCUGACCCUCGUCAAAUUUCCGACAUUCAUUCGACUCGUCCAAGUUGGUUUACCGAACAAAUUGAGGGGAGAAAUAUGGGAGAUCGCGACCGGCUCGGUUUACUUACGAAUGAAACAGGCGGGUGAAUACGAACGAAUACUGAAUGAUAUCGAACUCAAUAAGAAGCACAAGUUGAACUUCAGUCUGGAUGAGAUCGAGAAAGAUCUCAAUCGAAGCUUGCCCGAAUAUCCUGCCUAUCAGAACGAUGCCAAAGGCAUUCAGAACUUGAGGAACGUCUUGUCGGCAUACGCGUGGAAGAAUCCAAGAUUGGGUUACUGUCAGGCCAUGAACAUCGUGGUGGCUGCUUUGCUGAUUUAUACUAGCGAAGAACAAUGCUUCUAUCUGCUAUCAAUCUUGUGUGACCAAAUCUUGCCUUCUUACUAUACGCCUACUAUGGCCGGUACGAUCUUGGACCAAAAGGUGUUCGAGUAUCUAGUCGAGCGAACUCUGCCGAUGCUUUCCCAACACUUCAAGUCACGCGAGAUACAGCUCAGUCUCGCCAGUCUACCGUGGUUCCUCUCGCUGUAUCUGGCAUCUAUGCCCUUGGUGUUUGCUUUCAGGGUUGUCGAUUGCGUCUUGUUAUUCGGUCCCCGAGUCUUGUUUCAAAUCGGCCUUGCUAUUCUCAAAAUCAAUGGCCCAAUCUUGCUCAGGAUCAAUGAUGACGCAGAAUUGAUAAGUACGAUGAGGAACUAUUUCCUCACACUAGGUGACUCGGCAUACCCGGACUCAGCGGCCAACUCGAAGGAGCGGACGAUUACUAACUUCCAAAUCCUACUUGUGACGGCCUUCCGGGAGUUUGGAAAUAUCAUUACGGAUGAUUCGAUUCAAUCGGCACGGAAGAAGUUUAGAGGGGAAGUGGUCGACUCGAUCCAAUCAUUUUCAAAACGGACGAGUUUACGGAAUUUGAAGGAGGUGGGCAAGUUCAAAUCAGCUCAUCAAUUGGGUCUGGUCUAUGACCAUUUCCAAUUAGCGAUCUAUAAGUGUCAAAUGAAAUCGAUCGGCGGAUUGGGGGAGAACAAUCCGAAUGGGGUCGGUACCAGCCAUGGAGUGGCUAGCUUUUGGGAGAAUGAUGAGAUCGAUGGGAAGCUGGAACAACGGAUUACCAGGGCUACUUUCGCUCUAUUCUUAGCCGAUAUUGCCAGUUGGGCGAGAGACGAGACCUUGGUUAAGUCGGUCGGCUUUUUGGAAAGGGUCGAGCGUGUCGCUGUUGAUCACGAGCUGAUUGAUCGACUCUUUCGUACUUGGGAUCGCUCUCAUAAAGGCUCACUCUCGCUUCAAGACAUUGUGCUCGGCUUGAGCCAAUUCAUGUUCAACGAUCUCAUGGCAAACAUGCAAACCUUUUUCAGCUUGCACGACGGCGAUAAGGAUGGCUAUUUGACUAAAGAUGAGGUCUUGCAGCUAUCGGAGUCACUUCUAUUCAUUUUCCGAAACGAGCCGGGUGACCAUUAUCUUGCUGCUGUUUCGAAACUAAUGCAAAAUUCAUUUGAAUACGCCGAUGCGAUGCAGAAGGAGUCACUGACCAAGAAAGAAUCAGACAGUAAGGACAAGACUGAAGCCGAAACUGAUACAGCUCAGCAAGAAGGUGCUGGGCCAACUGAAGCAGCACCCACGGAGGAAGCCAAGCCGAGCAAUAAUCCAGAUGCGUAUCUUGGCCUGUCGACAUUCAGGAUGUGUGUGCUGGCGGACGAGUUAUUGGAGUCAUUCUUCGAGACCGAUUUUACGCAGUCGUGGAAGCUGUCAGAUGAUCUUUCGAAUAGCACUCGAGCGCCGUCGUCGAACCCGAAAGCUCCUAAAGUACUCUCCGACCUAGUCCCAGAAGCUUUCAACCAAAAAGCAGACGAGUUCUUUAGUGGUCUCAAGAGUCGAUUCUUGACUGAAGAUAACAAGAACGCCUUCUAUAAAUUUGCCGAUGAGGUGGGCAAGAAGCUCGACAUUCCCAAGGUUGACCAACGUCUACCUUCGAUCGGCAAGUUGGACCUUACCGCAGCCAACAAUUCUACUAGAGAUAGAGAGAGCCUGUUACCUUCCAACGUACUCUCGAACUUCUUUGGUGGUGGUGGUGGUGGUGGAGUUGUGAGUUCUCAGCGGCAAGGGGGAACUGAUUCGAUGAAUGCGAGCACAUCCGCGGCUGGAGGAGCAGGGACAGAGUCAGCGGGUGAGAAGCUGGCCGAGCCCUCGCCACUUUCGCAUGCGGCAAUGAGGGCGCCUCCGGAGGGCCUGAGUUACGGGAGCAGUCAACGCGCUGACCGGACCGCCAAUGAGGAUGCAGACGGGCCAGUGCAGCCGGCCCAGGAGUUCAAGCGCCAGUCGAUGCCUCCGCCCCCGCCGCUCAUCCAACGUGCCCAAUCGAUGCUCGACGACCGACCACAAUGGGCCAUCGAUCAUCCAGUGGAACCCGACGAAGAGGAAUCGGAAUCGGAAGAGGCAAACCAGAAAACCGAUGCUGACCAGGCUCAUCCCCCAACCCGUAAAGAACAUAGCUCCACGGACCCUGCGAAUGAGACUAAGAAAACUAAAAACCAGACGACAGCCUCUAAGGAGGAGGAAGAGGAGGACCUGAUGGCUGAGGUCGAUCAGUUCUUGGCCGGUGGCGAUAACGAUGGACUCGAUGAUGGCGAUGAUACUCAUGACCUCAAUCAAAAUGAUGACGAUGAUGAAUUGGAAGAAGCUCAGAAACUCUUGUCUGCUUGAGUCGACCUCUCCACUCCAAUUCACUCUCACAUCACACACUUUCAACACUCCUUAUCACAGAGAUGGUGAUCAUACUAUGUGGCGCUGCUGGUGCCUUGUGUUUUUGUUUUUUGUUUUUUGUUCUUUUUCAUUCUUUUAAAAAAAGUGAUACACAUGUUAAAACUAGAUGUAUUCUAAAUUAGGACAGACCAAAUAAAACUAGUAUUAAAGAUUAUUGUGCCCACAUUCUUCCCCCACCCCACACACACACACAAAUGUUGUUAUUUUUGCUUCUAAGUCCUUACACCUCUCUGUGAUACUCUUUUUUUACCAAAUCAAUUCCUGACAUUCAUCAUCAUCAUUGAUAUAUGUAUAUAUCUAUCAACACACACUUUCUUCAUUUCAACUGGCUAUGUUGUUUUUCUGUGCCACUUGUCUCUAUGUUUCAUAAUCACAAAUCAGUUACAUCCUUUGAUAUUGAUCAACUUUCCCUUUCCCUCUCCCCCUUCUGUGUUUUUUUGUGUUUUAUUGAUUAUCAGCUUGUACAUAUCUCACCUCUCUUUUGGUCCCCCCCCCCUCUUCUUUCUGUGUAAUAUCAGACUAUUAUCAAAAAUUAUGUUAACAUGUUCUACUUCUAUGGAAACAUUUCUAGAUCUUUUUU